AUGGGGUUUAAGGAGCCCGGCGUUCCUUUGACUCUUCUCCUUUGGAUUACCGCUUCCUGGGGCUGCCUGCCCGGCUGCAAUGCCUGGGCUGGAGAAACAGCAGCGGCGGCGGCGGCUCGCCAGCAGGACGAGUUCUUCUCCGCCACCAGUAUUUAUGGAGCCAGAUGCAGCUCCAGGUGUCUCAGCUUGCAGAUUACGCGUAUCUCUGCCUUUUUCAAGCAUUUCCAGUGUUUGGAACCUUGCAAAGAGUCCUGGGAUCUGAAGAAAAACCAUUGCCAAAAUUUUUGUGAGCCUCUUUUCCCCAGGAAGAACUAUGAAUGUCUAACUAGCUGUGAGUUCCUGAAAUACAUCCAGUCAGUGAAGCAAGGAGACUGCCCAGCACCUGAGAAGGCCAGUGGCUUUGCAGCUGCCUGUGUUGAAAGUUGUGAGGCUGACAACGAAUGCUCUGGGGUGAAAAAGUGCUGUUCCAAUGGAUGUGGACAUACAUGUCAAGUGCCCAAAAAUCUUUAUAAAGGUGUUCCUUUAAAACCCAGAAAGGAAUUAAAAUUUAGUGAACUUCAGUCUGGACAGCUAGAAAUUAAAUGGUCUUCAAAAUUCAAUAUCUCCAUUGAACCUGUGCUCUAUGUGGUACAAAGAAGAUGGAAUUAUGGGAUUCAUCCCAGUGAAGAUGAUGCAACAAGUUGGCAAACUGUAGCACAGAUCACAGAUGAGAGAUUACAACUGACGGACAUCAGACCUAGCAGGUGGUACCAGUUUAGAGUGGCAGCCAUAAAUGUGCAUGGAACAAGAGGCUUUACAGCUCCCAGCAAACACUUUCGCUCCUCAAAAGAGCCAUCAGCUCCACCUGCUCCAUCUAAUCUCAGGAUUGCCAACUCUACAGUAAACAGUGAUGGAAGCAUAAACAUAAGGAUUAUUUGGGAUGUCCCAGAGGAACCUGAUAUUCCAGUCCAUCAUUACAAAAUCUUUUGGAGCUGGACUGUCAGCAGCAAGGCUCUUGUCCCAGCAAAAAAGAAGAGAAGGAAGACUACAGAUGGAUCUCAAAAUUAUGUGAUCCUUGAACACCUUCAACCCAGUAGUAAUUACAUGGUGGAACUGCAGGCAGUUACAUACUGGGGUCAAAUACGACUGAAAAGUGCAAAAGUGUCUCUCUACUUUAGUUCUACUCAGACAACUAUCAGCAACAAAGAAUGGACAUCUACCAUUGGUAAAGCAGCUGAUGUUUCAUUCUUCAAAGGAAGUAGACUUAAUCGUCUUCUUGAAAUUGGAGUCCCUUUUUUCGAAGAUGACCAACUUCAAGUGAAAGUCUACUGGAAGAAAACAGAAGAUGUUACCAGCAGGGAAGAAUAUAAUGUUCAGUGGUUCCCAGAAUUAUGUUCUUACAACAAUACCGAAGAGCCUGAAAAAUUCAAUGAUGUAACGUAUGAAAAUUAUAUAAUUCUUCAGAACCUGUCCUUUUCAUGCAAGUAUAAGGUUACAGUUCACCCAGUAAGAUCCAAUGGUCAGCUGAAAUCUGAAAGCAUUUUUUUUACGACUCCACCUUGUUCUGAUCUAAAAGGGAAAAAACACAAGUAUGUAAGCUGCGUAGCUAAAGGAGAUCCUGUUAUCUCAAAAAUAUUGGCAAAACCAGAGAAUCUUUCUGCUUCUUUCAUUGUUCAGGACAUUAAUAUUACAGGCCACUUUUCCUGGAAAAUAUCAAAAACAAAUCUUCACCACCCAAUGACAGGAUUUCAAGUCACCUGGGCAGAAGUCACUACAGAAAGCAGGCAAAACAGCUUACCAAACAGCAUUAUCUCCCAAUCACAAAUAUUGCCAGUAGAUCACCAUAUGUUGACAGUACCCAACCUAAGACCAUCAACUCUUUACCGUUUAGAAGUUCAAGUGUUAACCACAAGUGGUGAGGGACCAGCUGCAAUAAAAUCAUUUCAAACACCCAAUUUAGUGAUAUCACCACAGAGACCUCAUAUGAAGCAUCACCAUCCACGACACUACAAAUCACCCCCUGAAAAAUACUAAAUUGCCAUAAAUUAUUAACCAGCUGGAAAACGAUGCAAAGAAGUUCUUGAAAGACGACCAGAAAAAUGCAUCUUUAUUGGGUUAUGGAAUGAGCUAUUGUUUUAAUAAAUGUUUAUCAAAUAUGAAUUGUGUAUAAAUCUGUAUGAAAUGGAUUGAAAAAAGCAUGUUUGAACUAAUUUUGGGAUAUAGUACAGAAUAUAAUGCAAAGAUCAGCUGUAUUCGUAUUAUCAGAGCAUUCAUCAUCUAUGAAAAUGUAAAUAUUUUCAUAUAUAUCAUUAUAGCAAUUACCUGUUACUGUAGCAUAUGCUACAUGACAUCCUGCUUUAUCACUUCCCAUUAAUAUCUUUACAUAGCUUUUUAAAUAGAUUUAAACCAUCCAUUUAAACCUGAGUUAUCUGUGGCUGAUACAGGAAAAACAUAACAACAAUCCCUGUCCAUUUCAUGAUAUAUGAUAUACAUGGCCUAAUAAUAUCUAUUUAGUAAUUGAGUAGAAUUUCAAUAUUUUACCUAAUUUGCUUUCAGAAAUCCCAUUAAAUGGAGAAAGAUUCAUGUCCAUUUGAUGAAGAAACAUUAUCUUGUUUCCAUGAAGUAGACACAUUAACUUUUGAGGGUUUCAUUAAGGGGGGAUUAUUUUUCCUAAAUUAUGAAGAAAAAUGAUCAAACUGUUGUUGUUUUUCAUACUGGGAACUGAAACCAAAUGGAGUACUUAAAGCAACACUACAACACUAAUUGAAAUGUAAAUAAGUCUGUCUUAUAGCUACUAGUAUCAUUAAAUACUUCACAAAAUUAAUGAAUUUAAGUGAGGGUUGAGGUUAAGUUCUUUGAACUAGACUUUUACUUUAGAAGAAGUUUGUCAUGUGAGAUGUAGGGCCUUUUUACACCUAGGAGCUGCAAGAUGUUCCAUGACAUUUUGAAAUAUAGGAAGCUAACACAGUUUUCCAGCAUUUCUUCUGGACUACUUCUUUUCCAUUAUCACUUUCCACUCUCAUUACCAGGAAUUGCCUCAUGCUAGUUCUUGGGAGUCUCCCUUCUCAUCUGUUGCCACCAUCUUGGUAUAUCAUAGUAACAUUAAGAAGUAGCUUUCUUGGUUUAUGCAAAUAAUGGCCUAUUAUAAGGCUGGGGUGGUAGUGGAAAUGAAUGCUGGUAAGGGCAGAAUGAUGGAAGAAUAGCAGGUGAGAUUUUUGUACAUUCCCACAAAAAAACUCCAACUGGCAGAAGUUAAGUUCUAUAGAAAAAGCAAUUGAUACUGCAAAGUUAUGUGAGAAAGGAAGAGAAACUAGACAUUUUAUAGUUACCCUUUCAGUACUUGGCCACCAAUAAAGAUACGUUUGUCUAUCCAACAAUAUAUACACUGUAUAUCCCUCCCAGAAGGAGCUUGUUUUUCAUUUCACUACAGGAAUAUCUUUGUGCAAAUAGAAGGAUCUUUAUCUGAUUAUUCAGGUAAACUGAAUCCUCAUACAGGGAGAAGAUUGCAGGGCACGUGUUGACCAAGUUCAUGAUAUCAGAGUUAUUUUAUUAAAUAAUAAAAUAUUGACAGCAUCAAUUGAAUUAAGCUAAAUCUGAAAAUUUCCUGCGUCUUUACUUUAAACAAAACUUUAUUGAAUGACAUAAUGAAGUAUAGGAAACUUCAUGGACACACUUUAUUAACUAAACUGUAACCACAUGUUUUAAACAAUACAGUUUUAGAUCACACUUCAGAUUUAAUUUUCUUUUGUCUUGUUCAUUAGAAAAAAAUUAGCAUCCUCUAUUCUUAGAGGGACAUAUCUCUCCAUUACAUGCUUUGAUUUAUAUCAAGUGAAAGGAAAAACAAUGCUGUCCAUAACCACUGCAGUAGAAAAUUAAAGGGUAGAGAUACUUUUUUGCAUAAAUGUUUAAUCUAUAACAAUACAUAAUUGUCAUAAAUAAGAUUAAGAAUAUCCCUCUUUUUAAAGGGAAAAAAAAGGCCAAAUGUUUUUGAAGAGCAUAUAGGAAAACAGACAACAAUGUCUUUGAAUUAUUUCAGAAAAUUUAUGGUUCUUGUGAGCAUACUGUAUGUUCGACAAGCUUGUAUAUGCAGAUACAAUUAAGAGAAGAUUUGCACAUAUUCUUUACUUGCUACAUCUGUAAAGACUUGCAUGCAUAAAAUAUGCUUAAGAGUAUACAGUAUGGACUGGUUUUCAUUCAGAUAAUGGAAACCAACAAUGAAAAGACAUUUUAAAAAAGGUUCAAGUUAUCAAGAGGUAGUCUGUGUAUUCACUUUCAAUGUUUUUAUUUGUCUAAUUUCAAAAAAAAAAAACCACAACAAUUUUAUUCAAACAAAAAUUUGAUCCAAAUAAAGCCAGUUUGACUUUAGGUGUUCACGGUAUGCUUUAUAAAUUAGUUCAGUGUUUUCAAUGACUUGAUUGCUUAAAAAGCAGAAAUUGCCAAAUGCUGCCAACACAAUAGUGUUCGGUGCAAUCUGUUUCUUCAUUCAGUUGAAAACAAUUGUUAUAUAUGUGUGUGGGAAAUAUAUUGAAAAAAGCUGUUAAUCUGUUUCUGUUAAUCAGAUUUCAAAAACAAUUGUAUUGAAAACACUAAGAUUUAUCAAACUAUAUUAGUUCUCUUUUAUGCAAGAACAGGAUUUAAUUACAAAUAAAUCUUCAAAAAAUGUAAGAAUGGAAGUUAGUAACUUCCAUUUUAUUUCCUCUUAUUUUUAAAAAGGGCAUAUAAAAGUUGUGAUAACUUAUUUAUUUUAGAUCGCAUUACUUUUAUGUUAUUUGUCUUGAAUUUGUUAAGUAUUUUUAAAUCUCUGAUUAAUACCUGUGGACAUAUAAAUGUCAUAUAAGUUGUACAUUGUACUCCAGAUACACGCUUUUAAUGGUUGCAUUAUUUUUUAAGACUUCAAAUGUUUUUUUUUAAAGGAAAUUAAUGCUUCCAGGUGUUGUUGGAUCUAUAGGUUUUGCAUGCCAAAAAAUCAUAAUUCAGUUAGAGACAUGAAUUGUAUGACUGUUUACCUCUACUGAAUAUAGUGGUAAGGUACUGUUUAAAAAAUAAUUAAUAGAUUAUAUGUAAAAAUACUCCUCCCUUUUAUGUAAUUAUAUUGUAGCAUAAAGAAAACACAGCCACAUGUUUGCUAAUUCAGCUGACUGAAAAAUUACAUUUUUAUAACAGUCAUUUAAAAGUCAGUAUUUAUUUAUGUAAUACAAAAUAAUUAAUUCUGUGUCAUGUUAUUUUGGCCAAUGUUUCUUG